AUGCGCCAGCAGCCACGAGGACAGGCUCGGUCCGAGCUCAGUCAAUGGGUCCAGCCGUUUCCGAUUUCCAGUCAGUUCGCCAGCCUUGCUGCUGCUGCUGCUGCCGCUGUUGCUGCUGGUGCUGGUGGUGGUGGUGCUGCUGCUGCUGCUGCUGGUGCUGCUGCUGGUGCUGGUGGAGCUGCUGCUGGUGCUGGUGGUGCUGCUGCUGGUGCUGGUGGUGCUGCUGCUGGUGCUGGUGGUGCUGCUGCUGGUGCUGCUGCUGCUGCUGCUGGUGCUGGUGGUGCUGGUGUCCCCCGCAGCAAGUGGGCUCAAGGGCUUGUGGCAAGCCACAUGAAUGUGCCGGAUGAGACUCCCAAGAGAGGUGAGCAGAAGUAA